GAACUCAAUAAUGUGUGUGUGCUGUGUGAAACACUCUAGUGACUUACAGUCUGUGAUCACAUAGAAACACUCUAGUGACUUACAGUCUGUGAUCACAUAGAAACACUCUAGUGACUUACAGUCUGUGAUCACAUAGAAACACUCUAGUGACUUACAGUCUGUGAUCACAUAGAAACACUCUAGUGACUUACAGUCUGUGAUCACAUAGAAACACUCUAGUGACUUACAGUCUGUGAUCACAUAGAAACACUCUAGUGACUUACAGUCUGUGAUCACAUAGAAACACUCUAGUGACUUACAGUCUGUGAUCACAUAGAAACACUCUAGUGACUUACAGUCUGUGAUCACAUAGAAACACUCUAGUGACUUACAGUCUGUGAUCACAUAGAAACACUCUAGUGACUUACAGUCUGUGAUCACAUAGAAACACUCUAGUGACUUACAGUCUGUGAUCACAUAGAAACACUCUAGUGACUUACAGUCUGUGAUCACAUAGAAACACUCUAGUGACUUACAGUCUAAGUUCAACCAACAGGAGUCGUGUGAAAUACAUUCCUAGUGGUGCGUUUCAUUGUAGGCCGAGUUCUGGAUAGUUUGUUGUUUUUGAAUAAGUUAUGUCUUGAUUUACUUUUGCGUUGGACAACUUAUCAUUACUUAGAAGUGAUUUUUAAAGUUUAUCAAGAAUGUUAAAGCGUUUCAUACGAGCACUUUUGUUUGAAUUAGAAUGACCUCAUUACCAUAUGGCUUCAUAACCAUAUGACCUCAUUACCAUAUGAACUCAUUUGAAGACCUCAUUAUGACUCUUUCUGAAAGCACUAUGCGACGAUCUAUUUUCAUAUUUGUUCAGCCCAUUCAAUAAGGCAUUUACGCUUUUAAAUAGUGGAUUAUUUCAACCUGCCAUCAGAGGGCAAAGUAUUCAUAGCUGUCAAGUAUUACAGUCGUAUAGACAUGGCAUCAGCCUAUAUGGGCCCUGAGAGACACCAGCCACUGGCUGUUAUCUCUGAAGGUUAUCAGGACAAGUUGAGGAUCCCUGAGUACAGAGAGGACGAGAAGUUUAGUUUUGGAGAAGAGUACGAGAACAGGCUUUACCUCCUUCUGGACACUUACUUGGAGCUGAGAACCACUGACAAAAUGAUCUACGUCGGCGAUCUGAGGGGCAGUCUGGCGGAUACAAUAGCCGAGAAGUUCUGUUUGGUUCACCCCAUUCUGUCAGUGUUGCCUGGGCACUUCCACUAUGCCGAAGCAGACGACGGCAACAGAGUGGUGCCCAUUAGGUUAUCUCACCUUGGGGCGGAGGAAUUUUUUCGAAAUUUAGCCCAAGACACAUCGACCUCAAAAGAGAAAUAUGAUAAGAUUUUGAUCGAAGACUGCGUGAGGUACCUGGCAGAGCCACAAACAUUGUAUAGAAACAUGAUUGCCUGUUUGGCGCCAGAAGGCAAAAUUGUUAUAAUCCACAGAUCUGUGGAGCUCAGCACGCUUCCUUACUUUGAAGACGCCAAGACAAGAUUGGAGAAGAACGAGCCCCCAUACACAUGCAUCAUCAAGGACCUGCAGAGCAGCAGGCUAGACGUAACCUGGGAGCUGGAAUGUCUGCCCGUGCGAAUGUCCAAGAAGAAGUGGCUGGCCAUGAUCAUGGAUAAGUUUCCGCCUCACAUGGAAGUGUUGAGCCACAUAGAACGGCUGCGUGGUCUACGGGAGCUAACUGAGGGAAUUUUAAAAUACGAAGCAGACAUUAUGGAGUUUAUGGAUCGCCUUUUAUUUAUCACAGCCACGCCCUGCCAGCCUCCAGCCAUUAUUCCCAGCUUGCACAGAAACGGGGCGGAGCUCAUGGUGCAGCCUCAAGACACGCCCCUCAAGUACGUCAUGAAGAUGCAGGCCGAGGAUCUGACGGCCUUGACAUGUGAACAGUGUGCUCGCGGCCUCUGAACGCUAGCAUAGGUCCAUUCACUUUAUGAAUCAUAUUGAACUUUAAAAAUGUGUGUCUCCUGGUUAAAAGACAAAGAGUAGAGAGAAAGGGUGUACUUAACAAAACAUGUAUUUUAAAAAUCUAAUUCUGUUUUAUUUUUAAGUGAUAAGCCGCAUAGAACGGCUGCGCGGUCUACGGGAGCUAACCAAGGAAAUUUUGAAAUACUAAGAAGACAGUGUAUGUUAGCUCCCUUGAAAAUUUACAUAUAUACAUAUAUAUAUAU